AUGGCAUCUGAAAAGGGGCAAUGGUCAACCAUUCUCGUCGAUACCUUUCCACCCGUAACGGAUCCGAGAGAAAUGCAAACCAUCCUAACCUUCAGCCUUCGGGACCUUUUUGGUGAUUUUGAGCCGCAUUCUUGCUUGAUAGAAGUGUCAAAAGGUACAGAGAAUCUCAUCGAGAUCAAGUGCCCCACAGAUUCUGCCAAGGAAAUCCAAGCAGCUCUUACCAUGGUGACACCUCCACCGUACAUGGAAAAUACCCAAUAUCGCUUUGACGUGGUCAACGUCGAACAAAAAGUCCAAAAAUCGACAUCAUGA